CCUUAUUUACUAGUCGUGAUAAACGGUACAUUACCUCCGGAUAAUCCUAACACUGUUAGCUUAGAAUUGAAUGUGAUACUUAGCUUCCAUUCUGAAAAAGAUUUCGAAAAUAACCCUGCACUAAAGAACCCUAUAUAACAUAAUUAUAAAAGUGAUUUUUUAUUAAUAAAAGUGAUAAUUAAAAUGAAUUUGAUAAAGAAAUCAAUAUGGAUGUAUGUGGUGUUUAUAGGAGGACAUUUGUUAAUAUCAACUGAAGCUCAAUUACAAGUUAAUGAUACAGAAGAAAUAAAGGUUGAUAAGAAAAGUGAAAUUUUGUCCAGAAGAAAAAGGUUUAUCAUAUUUCCUGAAGGCAGCUCUUUACAAUUGGUAUUCUGCACAACGUACGCAAUGAUCUUCAGAAUCGGGGACAUCUUUCUGUACGGAUCGACAGCUGCGUUGGCCUGGGAGUUACCCCAGGACCCAUAUUCACCCUUCAACCACAAAGCUGAUCCACUCCAUCGAAGAGUUGACACCAAAGUGAUAUACUAUACUAAUGAAGAUGGACAAAUUAUUGACAAGAAGCCAUAUCACAGAAAACCCAUAGUGAAUCCUGCUUUCGCAAAACGCAGCGUGGACCAACAGGGCAAAAAAGGAACUUUCGAGAAAUCGAAAAUAGACAGGAAACAGAUGCAUGCUUUGGAAAACAAACGGGCAUAUUUGAACGGAGACAUGAUGCAGCAGAGAGUCGAAUUUCACAGAAGCAGUCGUGCCUCACUCUACCAGAAAAUAGAAACGAUGCUACAUGGUCUCGGCGUGAACGGGAAGCACUGUGUGCUAAAGUCUUUAUGCCUGGUCGGUCAAACGCAGGAUCAUCCUCAAGGCAUGUUCUUCCAAGAAAUAAUGAGAGCGGUUUUCACUUUACCGAAAAACUCAGUGGGCGUUGAAGACAAACACGCGGCAUACGACGCUGCUCUCUCAGCCACGGGUUCCUGUGAUGAACUGUAUCCAGAAUGUGAUGAUCCCUCACUCGAACCAGACUCGCCUAGAUUUUCAUACUGAAGCUUGCAGACGGGACACUUUUUUGUAGACCUCGUUAGACUGGACGUUAAUUUAGAAAGAUAGAUAGGAGCUAUUGCAGAUUUUGAAAUAUUUAGAUU